CAAGUCUUAAAGCCACACCCCACCACUCUACAUAUACUGGACAUAUAAGCCACUGAUCUUCAACGAUUCCUGCUCAGCUCUCUCCCUCUCAGUCUGUCUGUCUCGCUCUCUCUUCCCCCUUGAGAUCCAAACAUGGUGUCAACUUCUCCUCCUUCGAAGGAAGUGGAUUUGAGUGAGAAAUGGGCGGAGGUGGGCGACCCAGCCCGGCGAGCCAAAUGGUGGUACUCCACCUUUCACACCGUCACGGCCAUGAUCGGCGCCGGUGUUCUCAGCUUGCCUUAUGCCAUGGCCUAUUUAGGAUGGGGUCCAGGGACAAUGGUGUUGGCCCUGUCCUGGGGCAUGACCCUGAACACAAUGUGGCAGAUGAUCCAACUGCACGAGUGUGUUCCGGGCACCCGGUUUGACCGCUACCUCGACUUGGGCCGGCACGCCUUUGGCCCGAAGCUCGGCCCAUGGGUCGUGCUCCCACAGCAGCUGAUCGUCCAGGUUGGAUGCGACAUCGUGUACAUGGUCACCGGUGGCAAGUGCCUCAAGAAGUUCGUGGAGAUGGCCUGUGCCAACUGCACCCGGGUCAGGCAGUCCUAUUGGAUCUGCAUCUUCGGUGGGAUCCACUUUUUCCUGUCUCAGCUCCCCAAUUUCAAUUCUGUCGCCGGUGUUUCAUUGGCCGCGGCAAUUAUGUCUCUCAGCUACUCAACCAUAGCAUGGGCGGGAAGUCUGGCCCACGGCCGAGACCCCGACGUGAGCUAUGGCUACAAGAGCACGAGCUCCGCCGAUUACAUGUUCCGUGUGUUCAAUGCGCUCGGCGAGAUCUCCUUUGCGUUCGCAGGGCAUGCAGUGGUCCUGGAAAUUCAGUCCACGAUCCCGUCGACUCCUGAGAAGCCUUCAAGAGUCCCGAUGUGGAAAGGCGCGGUCGGAGCCUAUUUCAUCAACGCCAUUUGCUAUUUCCCGGUGGCGCUCAUUGGUUACUGGGCCUUUGGGCAAGAUGUCAAUGACAACGUGCUGAUGGACCUGAAGAGACCCGCGUGGCUCAUCGCAUCCGCUAACUUGAUGGUGGUCGUCCAUGUCAUCGGAAGUUAUCAGGUUUACGCAAUGCCCGUUUUCAACAUGUUGGAGAGGACGGUGGUGAAGAGAAUGAACUUCCCCCCAGGAAUCGCACUCAGGCUUGUCACUCGGUCUGCCUAUGUUGCUUUCACGUUGUUUGUUGGAGUGACAUUCCCCUUCUUUGGGGACCUACUUGGUUUCUUCGGCGGAUUUGGCUUCGCUCCCACAUCUUAUUUUCUCCCAAGUAUCAUGUGGCUGAUCAUCAAGAAGCCUAGAAAAUUCAGCAUCACCUGGUUCGUCAACUGGUUGUCCAUAGUCAUCGGAGUGUUCAUUAUGAUGGCGUCAACGAUCGGGGGGUUGCGGAACAUCGUGGCCGACGCAUCCACAUACCGUUUCUAUACCUAGAGACGAAGUGUAGGAGUCUAUCGGUCUUUCAUGAUAUAGUAGGCAAAACUCAAACAUCCAAGAAAAAUGUAUCUUGUUGGCCUAUACUACUAGAUCAUGAACGAGAAAUCAUAGACUGGGUCAAUGUUUCCAUAA